GCCCAAAGCAAAACGCACCUGUUGACCGUGCCCUUGCUGAGAGCUUUUGUGACGAAGGGGCAUUUCGGCUUGGUUCGUUCAUACCUCAAAGGGUCUUUCCAAGGGCGUGAGGGAGCUCCUGCGACAGGACAGCACAAGGCACAAUGACCGAGACCAGUGUGAUAACACCUGCCAUCUCUGAGAUCACGCUUGAGGAGGAAACUCAGAUGACUGCGGUGCCGACCGACAGUGGGAUUGCCACCCCAGCGCUGGUUGAACCAAUAGCGUCCAAAGACUUGCCAGUCUUGCCGCCCCACACUCCGCCAAAAGAUGACGGCGGUGUUCUAGCGGGCGCUCCAGAGGGCGAGCAUGCUGAGAAGCGGACGGUCCCGUCGGUGACGGAUAAUGCGACUGCUGGUGAUUCGAAAAUCAUACCACCGGCCACUCGCACCCAAACUCUUAACCAGUUCGAAAUCGCCAAACGGGAGGAACUUCGUCGGAAACAACAGGAAGCUCUGGAAGCCCAGAAGCGGCAGGAGGCUGAAAUGUUCGAGAAAGCGAGAAUUCUGAAACAGAAACUCCAGGCUGAGGAAAAGUUGCGAAAAGACGAAGAAGAAAGGGCCAGGAAGGAGGAAGAGGCGGCGAGGGAGAGGCUCUUGUUGAAACAGAAGGAAAAAAUGUCGGAGUUUGAGCGACAGAAAAUGGAGGCAGCCAAACGUGCAGAAGAAGAGCGGCUGGCUGAGUUGAAGCGAAAAGAGCAGGAAGCGUUCGCCAAAUUGGAGCUAGCCAAGCAGAAGAAGAUCCAAGAAGAGCGUGCUCGGCAGGAAGAACAAGAGCGAAUUCGUAAGGAGGAAGAAAGGGCACGUGAGGAGAAGCUGCGAAAACAGCACGAAGCUAUGGCCCGCUUCGAGGAAGAACGCAGAGUCAAGCAAAUGUCGCCAUCGGAGCGCGAGGCCUACCUGACAAGAAAGCAUGCCGAAGAGGAAGCUAUACGGAAGAAGAAGGAGGCAGAGGAAGAAGCCCUCCGGCUUGAAGAAGAGCGCAAGUUAGCUGCAGCGCGAGCUGUAGAGGAAGCGCGUCACGCAGCAGAAGAGCGAAAGCUUGCCGAGCAGCGUGCAGUAGAGGCAGAAGCGCGCAGAUUACAGGAGGAACAAAUAACAAAGCGCGCCGCCCACGCAGGAGCACAACCGAAAGUUGAGAAGGAUCUUCCUGUCAUUCCCCAAGAUAAGAAGGACAGUGGCGAAAUAUUGGCACCGGCAGCCGAGCAACAGCCGGAAGAGCCCAAACCCAAGGAACAACUAACCCCUGAGCAAGAGGCUCUGCUACAGGCGGUUGCCGAACGGGCGAGGGAAGAGGCCGAGCGUGUCAGAGCAGCCGCUGAGGCUGAAUUUGCCGAAUCUCAGAGACGGGAACAAGAAGCGGAAGCCCGCAAGCUGCGGGAAAUGGAAGCCGCUCAACGCGAAGCGGAAGCGGAACGAACGCGCUCGACAAUAUCUAACCCCCGAUCUGAAACUUCCCAAGAUCGUAAACAACGAGAGGAAGAGGAGCAACGCCUGGCGGAAGAGGCUGCCGAAUUGGCCCUCCAGGAAGCGCUACAACGCAAAAAGACAGUCAAAGACAUGGCGCUCCUGGACUCGGAUGCGUGGCGAGCGGACUUGGAGCGUCUCAUGGCGGCAGAGGAAGCCAAGUCUCGCGCUGAACAUGCAAAGAAUGACCUACCGAGACUUCCAAAUGACUCUGAGAUUGCCUCCACCCUGUCAGUUCCAUCACUAACAUCUCCUUCUAUGUCUACCGAUGCAAAAGUUGCACCUGGACCUCGUUCAACACAAAACAGAUCAGUCACUAACGAGACUGAGAAAGGGUGCUGUGGUUGCACGAUCAUGUAGUCCACCUGUUUUCUACGCAUCAAGAAAGGUAAAUGGUGGGGAACUAGAUGAUGCUGGCAUUACUUUCCCCUUUGGUCCGCCUUCCCCAUUCAUAUUCCACUUCACCCGUACACUUCUCUCACUUUGACUAUGUAAUCCUGUGCCUGUGGCCUCAUGUUUUUCUUGUUAGACUUUUGUUAGAUAGUGCUUUCCUUUCAUCGUGAAAGUGGUUUUGAUAUACAUUGUAGUUAAAGUAGUCAUGAAUAGAAACGUUGCUCUAAAGAAGGAUAGAUACUUGAUUCCAUAAAAUUACACUGUUCAGUUUGCUUUCGCC